GGAGACCUGGUUUUGGAUUCUGGCUGGGUUCUUUCAUUCCUGACCAUCAUUGGAAAUGGAUUUACAAUCUUCCUCGUUUGCAGCAGACGAAAUCUCCGCACCAAAACCAACGCAUUUAUUGUUUCACUUGCAGUAGCGGAUUUCUGUGUUGGUUUGAGCGUUAUUCCUUCUCUGUUCGCAUGCUACAUUACAAACACCUGCGACUGGCCUCGACAUUUGCUGUCUUGGGUGAAUAUUAUAAGGUGCUUGUUUAGUAACACGUCUGUUGUAAACUUAUGCGGCUUAGUACUGGAUCGUUUUAUUGCCAUCGUAUAUCCUCUAAAAUACAUUACUUUGAUGACUCGCCGUCGAAUUACCCAAGCUAUUUUCUUCUCUUGGGUUCUAACAGUUAGUUAUAAUGUACUAAAAAGUACCCUUUGUAUUGUUUUAUAUCAAAACAAGACCUGUCCUUUUGCAAUUAAUUUCAAAUUUGGCUGACCAUUAUAGUUUUCGAGAUUCUUCCAUGUGUUAUACUGAUACUCUGCUUUGUAUCAGUGAUAUUUCACGUACGCAGGCAUGAUCGGUCAGCACACACCUUAGCAAAACAGUUACGUUUUAACCAUCAGGUGUCUUUUAAAACCCAUCGUGAGAAGUCUGCAGUAAUAAUGAUGGGUAUUGUGAUAGGAGUGUUUCUUGUUUGCUAUGGGAUUUAUCUGCGUUGUAGUUUUCUAUCACUAUCCUCAUCGCCCUGCAAAGAUAAAGACUACAAAAUUCCUGUCUUGGUUUUAAACUCGGCCAUUAACCCGCUGGCUUAUGCCUUUUUCAAAAGAGACAUAAAGAAAGAGUUUAGAAGACUAAUCGGUCAGGUGGUUUUUAAGAAAAGUAACCAAGUAGAGCCUUCCACUCAUCGUUAG